AUGAAUGUCUCGGAGCAAUUCCGAGCGCAUCGAUCAGAAAGGACCACGGUCUAUGCUGUGGUGUGCUGGGCGGCGGUUUUCUGCGUGUACGCGCUGUGCGUGAAAGCAGCCAUUGCCAAGCUCUCUCCUCCCAUGAGCGAGGCAGCAAAGAGCAAAGGCACUUUGCGGGAUCAGCUCUCGAAGGACAUCGCUUCGUGCAUCGUUGCCAUCACGACGCACACUUUCCUGGGCCCGAUGGCUUUGUACCUUUCCAUCAGCUACAAUGCAGCAGGAUAUCCGGCCUCACUCUCGCCCUUCUUGCUCGAGCAGCCGCGGCCCUUCGACGUGACACGGGAGCUUUGGUGCUGCCGAGUUGGCGAGAUGUUCACCGGAAACAUUUUGUACCAGCUGAUUUUCUGGCUCCUGCGCUGGGAAACCGGUAUUGAGAUGCUGCUGCACCACAUAGGCUUUUUCGUGGCCGGGUACUUGAUUCUGGACUUAACUUGCUUCGGGAAGCUGGCCAGCGGAGCAAUGUCGAUGGAGGUCUCGAGCGUUUUUCUCAGUGUGCACCUGAUGACGCGCCAGAUCGACGGGAAAAGAUGUGCCCUGGUCUCUGACUUGGCGGCCGCGGUUUUCGCGCUGACCUUUCUGGGGAUCCGCAUCUUCUGGUACGGCUACGUGGUGGCAGAGUUCAACUACACCUGGUUCCUCGAGGCCGAGAAGUUUCCACCCAACAUCUCAAUGGUCAAGGCCUCCGCGGCCCACCUGAUUUUCACUUUGGGCUGGGUCCUGCAGCUCUAUUGGUCCAAGCUCGUUGUGAGCAAAGUUUGGCGGGCAGCGCGGGCCAUGAUGGGCAAAGAGCGCUUGAUGGUGGGCCGUCCCCGAAAGGGGGCCUUCCGAGCUCUCGUCUUUCUGGCACUUGCGGUGCUCAGUGCAGCAGAUGAGGUGGCCGAGAAUGCCACUCAGCCAGACAGGCCGUCUGACAUAACGGAGCCUCAGCAGGGCCAACCAGAGUCCAGGGGCCUCGACGGGCAAGUCGGAUCUGCAGCGGAGAGCGAGACCUGUGGUGAGAACGGUGUCGCCAGGAGUCAAAUCUCUGCGAUUCGACACACAGCAGCUGUGAUUGCUGGAUUUGCAGAUGGUGCAAUGGCCCAACUCCCAGGCGCAUCGGCAGUGGUGCCGGCCAUCCAGGCGGCUAUGAUCUUUGCCAUCGCGCUCCAAUAUGGAUGCUACCUGGACUUGGGCACGGCCUUGGCAGUGUCCACUUUCCUUGGCAGCGAGUAUGUGAAGAUGUCUUUGGUGAGCCAUGCCAUCGGAUGGAUCCCCGUCGCGGGGAAUCUAAUAAAGACAGCUCUUUCAGUUGUGAUGACCGAGGGCAUCGGUACGGCAGCCGAGAAGAUGCUCAGCUGCCCUGCUAUGCGUGAGGAUCUGCUCGACAAGGCAGCCCGCGAGGAGCCUUCUGAGACACUUGCAGAGGAGGGUCAAGCCUCGCAAGUCAGAGAGUACUUCCACGUGAUUUCGGAGUUCCUGUCUUCGAGCGAAGUCACCCCCUGGAGCAGUACCACUGCGGCUGCUCGGGAGGUGUGGCAUCGAGUGGAGUCGAUCUUCCGCAAGGAAGACCAGGUGAAAUUGCUGGCGAAGGUGCACGAGGCGCGGAAUCCAGAGGACCUCGUGGCCUUGGCCCACAAGUAUAGCUGGAACCUCCAGGUGCUGGAGGCCUCGCUGCUGGCUUUGCGAGAUCGCUUUCCACAUGAACUCGCCUGCACUGAUGUGGAUUCCUUGGCUCGACGGUUCUGGUCCUCGCAGGCAGACGGCGAGGUCAAAGCCGUCUCAGCCCCGCACCUGCUGCACUGCUGGUCCCGACUGCCGCUGCCCCGGCGCCGUGCCGCAGCGCUCUUGGCCGCCGAGCUGGUGGCCGAAGCCACGCGCAUGGGAGGCCACGCAGCCGUGCUGCCAAGGGCUUUGGAGGUUCUGAAGGAGGGAACGCGGCCUCAAGGAGGCACAGAGCUCUUGGAGGACUUCGGCUUGCCGACGUUUUUGGAGGCUUUGCUGAAGGCUCUGGUGCGCGGCGAGGCCAGCGCCUGCGUGGUGCUUCGGCGGCUUCUUGGUGGCUUGCCAGCCCAGAAGUCCUCUCAGUGGCUGGCUCUGCGGCAUCUGCAGCAGUUGGACUUGAUGGACAACGUUGCUGGCGCAGAAUCCUGCCUGCCAUCGCUCCAUGCCGACAUCAAGAAGCUCUUGACGGCCGAUGCCCUUCCAGAAGGCACGGAGACUCCUCAGAGCAUUGCGCUGGCUGCCACGGGCAAGGUAGACCCUUUUGCCGCACUGGUGGGGCAGCAGUGCGCUGUCAGGAGGCUGAUGCAGUCUCCUGGGUAUGUGCGGCUGCGCAAGAAAGGCAUUCAGCGUCCGGGUGUUCCCUUGGUGCUGCUCAUGACGGGACCUUCAGGAACAGGAAAGACGAUGGCGGCCCGAACGAUGGCUGAAGUCAUCCAUGGCCGGCCGAUCCAGGAGCUGGAGGCAUCGGGUCGCUUCAGGCUCUUCCCAAUGAAUCAGUUCCGAAUGCUCGAAGAUCAGAAAACGUUCUUUGGGCCGCCCCGUGGCAUCCAGGGCUCUGGCGACCUCCCGGACCUUGUCAGACAGCACCCGGAUGCAGUGAUAGUACUUGAUGAGAUCGAGAAGGCCCAUUCGGACUUCGCAAGGGCGUUGCUGACUGUCUUCGGCGAAUAUGGAACCGUCUACGACCCCCGAACUGGACGGGACUAUCCGGCGGCCAAUGCUACCUUCAUCCUCACGAGCAACCUCGCGAAAGAGCUGAUUCUCAAGCACCCGGUCUCGGUUGCGAAGAGCCAGGGCCGUGCCGUGGAAACCUGGCAGAAGCUCCCUUUGGGUGCGGACAGCGACCCAGACUGUGCUGGCUACGCAAAGCUUCGUGAUGCCGUGGAUGCGGAGCUGAGCCAUCCCCCGGCCAUCGACAGAGAGCACGGCUUUUUUCGGGAGAGCGAGAUCCGGGGCCGCCUGACGGACGUGCUGCCCUUCCUUCCCUUCAGCCCUGAGGAGGUGGAAAAAGCCGUCCGCGGCUUCCUGGCCUCCGAGUCCAAGGCCUUCUCACAGCACCCCAGCUUCCAGAACGUGGAGCUGGCCUGGAGUCCCGAGGUGGUUCGCUACUUCGCGAAGCUCUACAUGAAAAAGCCCGACGAGGGGCUCCGCGCCGUGAACAAAGAGCUGCAGGCUCAGGUGCGGGAUUUGCUGGAGCGCUCCAUCGAGGCCGGCCUGGUGGCGCGGGGCGCCAUCGCCGCUCUUCGUUUGGAUGAAGGCAGCAAGGAGGCGCGCCUCGACUUGCGCGCCGUCCUCCGCGUCCGCGAGGCAGAACCAACACGAGCGACAGCGGAAGCAGAAAUCCCGGUGAAAGCGGAGCCCAAAGACGAGGAGACAUCAGACAACUUCUUUUCUACGGUCACCGCCCUUCUGUCUGGUGACUGGAUCAACGAAUCCUCAUGGAGCUGGACAAGCGCAGAGAAGCCCGCGAGGAGUGGAACGGAGUGGGAUUGGCAACACGACUGGGAGUGGCAGCCGGACUUGGAGUGGCAUAGUGAGUGGGACUGGCAGCGUGUCUGGGAGCGCCUCUUCUUGAUCCUAUGGGAGUGGCGCUUUCCACUCGUGGUCACAGCAACGCUGCUGAUCGUCGUUGCAUCCGCUGGAAUGGCGGCACCAGUGGCCGCCCCUGCCGCCACGGUUUCUGUAGGCGCAGCCGCAGCCCCCGUGUUUGGUGCCGCUGGUGGCUCGGCGGCGGUGGGCGCGACCGCCGCUGCUGUAAGCUCCUGGAUGUUGGCGCUGAUCCAGGUGACGGGCAGCUCGGCUUCUGUCGCCGUUCCCGGUCUGACGUUCUACUAUGCCUGGAAGAAUCGCCACUAUGUCGAAGCUGCUAUUUUUGGCGCUUUGUCCCUGGCGCUUUGCCCAUAUGCAUGGCGGGUCUACUGUGCAGCCUCGAGCCUCGCCAAGCAGAUGGCACCAAAGCCGCCGAAGCCGCUUUCUUCGAAAGCUCCGCAGAAGAUCCGAGGAGCGAAGACGAAGCUCCCCAGAGGAGACUUCAAGCUGAAGCUGACCGACUCCGACCCUCAGGCACAUCCCAUCGAAUUCGCGUCUCCCCUUGAAGCAGGUGCCGUCGGACAAGGCAGCGCUGCGACCUCCGAGGAGAAGGGCGAGACUGAGCCCACCGGCGCUGACGCUGUCCAGGGAGGAGGAGCGAGGGAAGCUUCGCAAAGCCCUGCAAGGCCCGCGGUGACAGGCGCUAGCGCUGCCAGCUGUCAGAGUCCCGAGCCCCCAGCUGGCUCCGAGUGCACGGAGAAGCAAGAGGAAUCGCGAGACACAGGGGAGGAAGAGCAGCAAGAUGAGGAGGAAGAAGACGCACAGGACCUGGCUCCUGCUGUGUACAGGUGCAGGAGCUGCGUCUCGAAUUUCCCUUGGGCUGUCGAGGUCGAUCGGCCUGUGGACAGCCUGGAGCUGCAUGGAGGGAGCUUUAAGUGUUUACAUGCAAUGCUGACCUUUCAGCAUACUGUAGCUAGGAGGUCUCUCGUUUGGAGGCGCUAUAGUCCCUUCUAUAUGAUCUUACUGAAGUGUUGCUUACUGAAAUCCUGCAGCUCACUCCUGGCGACUUGA